AGCUCAAAUUUAUCUCACUAAUUGAUCUUAUGAACACAGCUCCUGUGAAUGCAUCUGGCCCUCUGUUCGGUCUGGCUAUUCCCGGCAGGCCUCUAAUCACUGACUUCGUCCAAGAUACCGAAACGAGUUGGCAUGUAGACGUGUCCAAUCCUGGUAGUAUAUCAUCGUUCUCGGUGUUCCUCCUACGACCAGUCCCCUCGGACACUGUAGGCUUGGGAGUUUACUACACAGCUACCACUGAUGGUGCGGCUUUCGUUGGCGCCUUGUCAAACGCGAAGCCCACUGAUAUCUUUUCACCAGGCUGGCCGCUGAACCCCGAUAUCGCUAGCAUGCCAGCAGUCCGCAUUGGAUUGGCCUUCGAGCCCUCCGAGACACUCUUGCCGAAGAUGAGCACGGUUGGCGAAUCGGCCGAUUUCAAGAGGGAGUUCGCCAGGAAAGUUGCCCUAAAUCUGUUCCGGUAUAUCGAGUCCUUCAACACGAGUGGCGGUGGUGACGCUCGGUUUAUGAGAUGCCCUCAGGACUUGCUCGACAGGUGGUUGCAGCGGUUUGACGAUAAAUAUACCAAAGACCCGAUGUUUGUGUUUAAGACGACUUAAGUAUAAUAUACACCUUUCAUUCACUGACCAUUCACUGAC